AUGAUGGUUCCCAUAUCAUCCUCUUCGAGGACGUCCACUCUGUUUUUCCUCGUUCUUCUUUGGCUAUUUGCCGUUGAUGGUGUUUUUGCAGAGGAAACAUCGUUCUAUAAAUCGAGGCCCGAAAUUUAUGCUCCCGUCUUCAAUGUUGAAAAAUCGGAGCCAAAUGUGCUCAGUCCGGGCUAUAUUUUCAUCACUCCUUACGAACUUCAGGCUCCCGGCCCGUACAUUUUCAAUAGCGAUGGGGAACUAGUAUGGAGUGGCUGGGGUGUUUCGGGACCGGGAAAUGCCCAUGGCCUUCAUGUGUGCAAAUAUAAAGGUGUUGAUCAUCUAUGUUUCUUCCAGGGCAAUCAGCAAAGGGGUUACUGUCGCGGACAUGGGAUUAUUAUGGACAAGAACUACCGAGUCGUGAGAUCCGUCCAGCCAGGCGGAGGGUUGGCCUCGAGCGACAUGCACGAGUUUCGUCCAAUCAACGACGGUAAAACCGCCCUCAUGACCAUUUACCAGCAAAGGCAAUUUGACAUGACGCCGUGGAAUAUCAAAACGGGCGUAGGGUGGCUCAUGGAGAGUGUCUUCCAGGAGGUCGAUGUGGAGACCAGCAAGGUUCUGUUUGAAUGGCGGUCCCUAGACCAUGUCGAUCCAUCGUUGAGCUAUACAUGGCCGUCUCACACAGAUACUUCUGGCACUGGACUGAAUGUACACGAACCUUGGGAUUACUUUCACAUCAACUCCAUCGAUAAAAAUGCCGCCGGUGACUAUCUGAUCUCGUCGCGACAUACUUGUGCCAUCUACAAGAUCUCUGGUAUGGACGGGUCAAUAUUGUGGCGGCUACAUGGUGCCCAGCCCUCUUUCCGGAAUACCAAUUUCAGUUUCUCACAGCAGCAUGAUGCCCGGUGGUUAUCGGAGAAUGCUACACAUACAGUUCUCUCUCUCUAUAACAAUGGCUACAAUGGCUUUAACCAGACGCAUACCUAUUCAUCUGGCAUGAUUAUCAUGAUUGACCACGUGGAGAACACAGCCAUCCAACUCCGUGAUUACGCACCAAUUCGAGAUGACCUGGUGAGCUCCAGCCAAGGAAAUCUGCAAAAGCUGCCAAACCAGAAUGUCUUCAUCGGAUGGGGAAAUAACCCCUCUGUAUCUGAGCACGACGAGGCAGGCAAUUUGCUAUUCUGGGGCUCCUUUGCCAAAGACACUGUGAUGAACUACCGCGCAAUGAAAUUCGAAUGGGACGGUUUACCGACGGACUCACCCGCCCUAUGGACAUACUCCCGGACAGCGGAGCCUCUCUCGUCCACAAGCUUCUAUGUGAGCUGGAACGGUGCCACCCGCGUCAAAACAUGGCGCUUCCGGGGAGCGACGAAUAACACCGGACCCUGGACCUUGCUGGCUAAUGUUUCCAAAUCUGGUUUCGAGACCGAGUACGUCCACCCCAGUUUUUACCUUUGGUCUAAGGUCGAGGCAGUGGAUCAAGAGGGCGCCGUACUCGGUACGUCGGCAACCAAAUACACCUUCGUCCCAUCGUUCGAGCUGCGCGAGUUCUGCGCCGACUCUACCUGCAUGGAUGCAUCGGGAUACGGAUUCCCGGAAGAAGAAGAUGGCCUUCCUCUCAUUCCGCCAGUAGGAGUUAAUACUGUGCCUUGGAUGGACCCCGAUAAUCCUGGCUCAAAUAUCUGGACACAUCCUACACGUCCCUCGAGCUCACCACAAGUUUCGGACACCAAGUAUUCAGAAGGAUGGAAUCGUGGUGACAUGCUUUUCUUGGGCUGCAUGCUUGUCGCGAUUUGCGUUAUCGCCGGAGCCUUCCUCGCAUAUAGAUACUACACAAAACAUUCACCGGACCAACUGCAGAACGUGAUAUCCUCUGACUCUGAGAACCACGGGAUAAUUGAAAGGCAACACUCCAGUACACAUGUCUUACAGCUUCCCUGGUGGGAUUGGCAGUGGACUGGAACCGCCGAUCGAUCGUUCUUUCCACUCCGGGAACGGGAACAAUAUGUCCAUAUCUUCCGCUUCCCUUAUGUGCGCCCUUCCCCCCCUGGGGGUGUUGUACGAACAUUUUCCAGCCUCGAGAGUCUCCAGAUCGAAGCAGAGAAGCUAUUGGGGUCCCUACAAGAGAACGGAAAUGGUAACCAGUGGAUUGUUGUCCCCAAUUUGUCCACACGAACGAUCCAAAAGCUCGACGAAGAGCACGACAGCAGCCUUGGGGGCAUUGAAUACCGCUUCCAGUGGGAAGGAAGCACUGGUCUUAUCAAGGUGGUCCCGUCAAAUGCCCACAAUGCAACCACAGACAAGGUGACCAGGGUGAUCGAUAGCAAGCUUGAUGCAAUGGGACUCGACUGGUCGGAUGCAGCCUGGGUUGCAACAACGACAUAUAAACCACCGACUAGCAAAGGCAAACAAGCAGACCAGGCAUUCUUGCCGCCAGCCCGCUGCCCUAUCGGGCUUCCAAGGUCAGGAUGGCCGACUUUUGUUAUCGAGACAGGAGUUUCAGAAUCCCUAAAUCGACUCCACGAGAACGCCACGAGAUGGUUCGCGGAUUCGCAGGGUGAGGUACGCAUUGUUAUGGUCAUCUCCGUCAAGCCGGCCGAGGUCACAUUUGAAAAGUGGCAACUAGCUCCCAACGAUGCUCCACGCCCACUCACUGGUGUUUACCUCGAUUCACUCCGCGCGCAAUCUCCAAGUGUCCCUCCUUUAACAUCCCAACCGAUCCCUCUCCAGCAGCCUUACUCGGCGCAGAAGGUCUGCGUGCAGCCCGACAGAAUUAUCGGGGCCCCUCUGAAAAUCCCAUUCGUUGCGCUUUACGACCGAUCCCUAGGACGAGAAGAUGACAUCGUCAUUCAAGCGCCAGACUUCCGAAACAUCACCAAGUUGCUGUUCUAA